ACCUACCUUGUGUUGGUGCCAUCUCUCUAGUAUUUAAGACUGUCCUCCUCCUUCCUUCCUCCUCUCCUUCUUCUUUCUCUCUUCAGCCAAUUCAAGCCAAUCCAGCUCCAGAGUAUCCUUUGACUCAAUCUGACUUCGGUCGUCCAUUCUUUAAAACACUUUAAGCUCCAAGCUUCACUUCACUCGUUCAACCAAACACCUCGUUUUUAUAACGACCCAAACAAACAUUCAAAAUGCGUUUCACUGCUGCCGCCGUUGUCCUCGCUGGUGCCGCCAUGGCCCACAGGAAGCCUGCCACCUAUGAGACCUAUCCCGUCAGCUCCGAGGCGCCCGUCUACCCCGUCAGCUCCGAGGCACCCGCCUACCCCGUGAGCUCCGCGGCGCCCGUCUACCCCAGCUCUGAGGCUCCUGCCUACCCCGAGAGCUCCGAGGCCCCUGAGAGCACUGUCUACUCCACUGAGUACUUCACCAUCACCUCGUGCGCCCCGACCGUGACCGACUGCCCCGCCCGGAGCACCCAGGUCUACUCGACUGCGUACCCCGUGACCACCAGCACCAUCUACUCGACCAACUCGUACACCACCACCGAGGGUAGCUCCACCUAUGUUGUCACUGAGACCAUUCCCAUCUCGACCACUGUCUGCCCCAUCACUGCCAGCAGCACCAAGUACUACAACACCACCGCCCCCGCUGGCUACCCGACUGGUGGCCCCGUCUACCCCACUGGUGGUUACCCCGUCUCUACCCCUGAGGCCAGCUACCCGGCCGGUUACCCGUCCGAGAGCGCCCCGGCUCAGGGCGGUUACCCGACUGAGGCCCCGGCUUGCGUCCCGACCUACUCGGUCAAGACGAUCUCGACCUCCGUCACCACCGUCAUCCCGACUGUGAUCUAUGAGACCGUCGACAUCCCCUGCGCCACUCCCUCGGUCGGCUACCCCGUCCCCGUCGGCAACAGCUCCUACCCCACUGGCACCGCCCCUCCCCAGGCGACUGUCACUGCCGGUGCUGCCACCAUGGGCGGUUCCGUCCUCCUCGCCGCUGCCGCCGGCCUCGUUGCCUUCCUGGCAUAAGCGACAGACUUCUCCUUCAAACUUCUAGAAGCCUGGAAGGCUACGGCAUUAUCAUGACAAUUUACGGGGUCUUGUUGGAUUGUGUUUCAAAACCAACUUGGGAUGUCUAGCGUACAGCAUGGCACAUACUUUUGAUGUACUUAAUAUUCUAAUUGUAUUUGGGCGUUCGAGCUGUCUUGCGACAGAACACGACAUCCAGGACCCCAUUUUCCCAAUAACUUAUCUUGAC